GCACCGACAGAAAACGCGGCCGCCAGACCUACACCAGGUACCAGACCCUGGAGCUGGAGAAGGAGUUCCACUACAACCGCUACCUGACGAGGAGGAGACGCAUCGAGAUCGCCCACGCCCUGUGUCUCACGGAGAGACAGAUCAAAAUCUGGUUCCAGAACAGGCGCAUGAAAUGGAAAAAAGAAAAUAAAACUGCCUGCUCCGGCUCCAACAGCCAGGAAAAACCAGACGCGGAGGACGACGAGGAAGAAUGA